AUGAAGGAGGGAGAGAGCGUUCUUAUCCACUCCGGUGCUGGAGGGGUCGGUCAAGCUGCGAUAUAUCUCGCCUUGCUUUACGGGUGCAAAGUCUUCACGACGGUCGGCAACUCAGCCAAGCGAGAGUUCCUUAGGAAGACGUAUCCGCAACUGAGAGAUGUCGACAUCGGCUGUUCCCGCGACGAGACUUUCGAGCAGAUGGUGCUCAAACAGACGAACGGCAAGGGCGUCGACAUUGUCCUGAACUCCUUGGGGGAGGGAAGGCUGGUAGCCUCUGUGAGAUGCCUUGCCGCUAGCGGCAGAUUUCUGGAAAUAGGACAAUCGGACUUGACGAGCAACAAACACCUCGAUAUGCUGUUGUUCUCGAAGCAAGCUAGCUUCCACGGGAUCACGGUGGAUGGCGUAUGCGAUAAUAAGAUUAGAAGUGGAAUCAGGAUGAUAUUCCGAAAAUUAAUGGCGGAGGGUGGGAUCAAGCCUUUGAGCAGGACUGCCUUUAGAGGUGACGAGGUCGAGCAAGCAUUUCGAUUCAUGGCCACUGGCAACCACAUCGGCAAAGUAUUGAUUAAGGUCCGCGAGUCCGAAGAACAGCUUAAACUAGCACCUCCUAAGCUCAGCCUGAAGGGUGUGGCCAGGUAUUACUGCGAACCUCAACACGUUUACAUAAUCGUAGGUGGCCUGGGAGGUAUGGGCUUGGAACUGGCUGGGUGGUUGGUCCUUCGAGGGGCUAGAAAGCUGGUGCUGACCUCUAGGAAGGGAAUAACCACUGGAUAUCAACGUUACAGGGUCAGGUUGUGGGAGUCUUACGGCGCUGUCGUGAAGAUAUCUACUGCUCCUGUAGCAAGCAGAGAAGGUUGCGAACAACUAAUCGAAGAGGGCUCGAAGCUGGGUAGCGUCGUGGCUAUUUUCAAUUUAGCCGUAGAACUCGAAGAUGCGAUUUUUGGAAACCAUAGUCCGAAAUCAUUUGGCGUCCCUUUCGCCGCCAAAGCUGUUGCCACGAAGCACCUGGACGACGUCACCAGGACAAUGUGUGGUGAAUUAAGAGAUUUCGUCGUAUUUUCUUCCGUAGCUUGCGGACGGGGCAGUCCCGGACAAACGAACUACGGGAUGGCCAAUUCCGUGAUGGAAAGGAUUUGUGAGGAACGGAAUCGGAACGGAUAUCCCGCACUAGCGAUUCAAUGGGGACAGGUGGGAGGGGUACGUAUAAAAUAA